AUGACUUCCAUGAGAUACAUGAAGGAUUCGCCUAGAACUAUAUCAGAACUAGAGCCGGCUCAGACUCGUAUACCAACUCAAGACCAACUCAAUACUAGCCUGAAUGAUGAGUUGUCUCUCGUUGAGUAUAUUCGGAUGAGAGGUCUCUAUCCUCCCCUGGGGCACAACAGUUAUCUAUCUACAAUACUUAUGUGGAAGGUUAUUAUUGGGCUAUUGGUAGUGUUGAAUGUUGUUUGUGGGUCGGCUGAAGAUAGUAAGGGUGAGUUGGCUUGUAGAAGUAGGGUUGGUAAUGGGGAUGACUUUGCGAGUUGGAAAUCACCAAAGAAUAUGGUUAAUAGAUUGGAACAACUUGGGUUUGCGUUCAAUGAGAGUAUACUGAAGGUGCUGGUUAAGCCCUAUACUCCAGUGCAGCCAGCAGCUUCUGACUCCGAUACUAACCCAUGUCUAAGUUCAAGUGGGUUAAAAGAAAUGGCUGGUCUUUCUAUAGUAGAUACUCGGGUCAGAUGGAUGAAGUUUACUCUGCCCGAGUAUUCAAGUGCCAAAGAGGCUAGCUCAGCCCUUGUAUUUCUAAAUACGAUCGCUGCUAUCAAAGUCCCAGUGGCAUCGAUUGAGUAUACGGAUGUUGAGCCAGAAUGGCGCCAGACGUGCAUCUUAAUUGUAACUCGAAUCAUUAACAUGAUUGAGUGUGAGAAGCUAAAGCUUAAUUUGAAGUGUAACUUAAAGUGCAAUAGUACAAACCAGUCCAUUUAUAAUGCUAGUUUGUGUGAAGCGGAGGGAGUCAUCGGUCUUACUCCUAAAUCACCAUGUGCGCUCGUAGCUUGGGGCAACACUAUCCUUUCAAACUGGGGUGCGAAUGCUAUCGCCAUAAAGCAACGGUUUUCAUCUAUCCACUUCCACCCAGUAGAUAAACUUGCCCAUCACCUUGAUAAUCUAUGUUUAACGAAAGACUUCAAGGCAACUGUAUCCCUUAGCUCUAAGAAAACUGAGGUUAAUCUUGAAUAUCUCUCCCGAAUUCCUACCAAUUGUUCUGAAAUCACAAUUAAGGCCACCUAUAAGCAGUGCCCAUUAAUAGUAGGCCUAGAGGAUUGCACUGCACGAUACAAAGACAUAAAAUUGCUGAUUAGUUGGAGAAAUCUUCUAUCUUUGGGCGCCAUUUCUAAAGAUAACUUCCAUGUCCACACUAUCAUGAUCCAAGAAAACACUUUCGAUCCUCUAAAAGUCUAUGAGCCGUGGAGACUAUUAAAGGACACUAAGUAUCGUAUCUUUGCUGACAAAAUUGUUAUUCCGGAACGUCCUAGUGUUCCUUCUAAAUUUGGUGAUCCCACCAUCUAUAAUCAAAUAAGAGAUGAGCUUGCUCUUUAUAGUAUAUCGGUUAAAAUAAUCGAGAUCCACUAUCAAAAUGGCCGGGUGGAGCUUAAGAAACUCUAA